UAACUCCUCUCUCGCUCUACAAUUUUGUGCCUCCCUUGUUUGGUAGUUUCAGUGGAGAGAGAGAGAGAGAGAGAGAGAGAGAGGGGGGUGCGAGGAAGAGAGAGUGAGUUAGUGAGAGAGAGGGAAGAGAGAGAAAGUUAAAGGGGUCGUUGCAGUCAUGUCUGAUGAGGAGCACCACUUCGAGCCGAGGGCCGACGCAGGUGCCUCUAAGACCUACCCCCAACAAGCUGGAACCAUUCGUAAGAAUGGGUACAUAGUCAUCAAGAACAGGCCAUGCAAGGUUGUUGAGGUUUCCACCUCUAAAACUGGAAAGCAUGGUCAUGCAAAGUGUCACUUUGUUGGAAUUGAUAUAUUUAACGGUAAAAAGCUUGAGGAUAUUGUGCCGUCAUCACACAACUGCGAUGUUCCCCAUGUUAAUCGCACUGACUAUCAGCUGAUUGACAUCUCUGAAGAUGGAUUUGCGAGUCUUUUGACUGAAAAUGGGAAUACCAAGGAUGAUCUCAGGCUCCCCACCGAUGAAUCUCUCCAUACUCAGAUUAGAGAUGGUUUUGGUGAAGGCAAGGACUUGGUUGUGACUGUUAUGAGUGCCAUGGGAGAGGAGCAGAUCUGCGCUCUGAAGGACAUUGGCCCUAAAUAAGCACCAUCUGUUUGUGUUAAAUGGGAUCAUAUUGUGGUAAAAACCCUAAUUUUAUGUUUGGUUGCUUCUGAUAUAAAUUGUGAGGCCUUAGGGUUUUUUUAUAUGUGUAACACGAACAGCUGGCACACCAUGAGCAUCAUGAGCUUGCUCUAUUAUGCCAAGGUUAUGGGUUUGUUAGGACCCUUGAUGUGCGGAUUCUUGGAAGGAACUAAGCCCUUGAUUUGAUGUGGUGAUAGGGUUUUGUUUCUUUCUGCUAUGGCUUUGGUAUGUUGGGGAUCUUGUCUUUGAGCUUCCUUUUGCCACUAUGAACUAGAGAACUUAUAUUCAUAUGAGAUGAUACUUGUUUACUUUU